GUUUGACUUCCGUGUUGUUACGAGCUGAACAUAACAAAAUGCUGACAACUAACAAUAUUUUUUGAUAUUUUGUUGUCAUGUGUUGUUCCUAGUAUUUCGCAUUAGUUAAGAAUCUAUAGACUCAUAUUGGAACAUGGACCCAAAUGAUCUUGAACAUUUUGAUGAUAUUAUGCUUUCAAGAUAUUUUAGACAAACUACCAUGGAUGAAAAUGCUGAAGAGGAUAUAGAAGUGGAUAUUUCAGUUACAAAAGAAAUGAGAAAAGUUUAUGUAGAGGUGUACAAAGCAGUAAUUUGUGGAAAUAAAGAUGUCUUGAAAAAACACCAACAUCAUCUGAAUAAACCUAUUGUUAUUGAGUGUCUGCCAGGAUGCAGCUGUGCUCGUCAGUUCGAGCAGCACCCACAUCGCCCGGAUGACAUGCAGGGUGGUCGGCUUACCCAAGUUCUGGACCUCAUUAAACUGGGCAAGUGUCAGUGUCUGGCUGAUCAGGACCACCCUAUGCCAAGACAGGUCAUGAAGUACUUGUCACACAUUGUCGCAUCUAUGGGUGACCUGCACAUGCUCAAGUUUCUUGUACAACAAGGCUGCAUUAUCGACCGACAGACAACAACCUGCGGGUACACUCCUCUCUUCAUAGCCAUCAUGAAGAAUGAUGUCAGUCUAGUGAGGUAUUUCCUGUCGGUCGGCGACAUCAAUGUCAACCGCCGUUCCAAGAUCGAGAAACACACUCCACUGAUGGAGGCCCUGCUGGACAAUAAGAUCACCAUUGUGAAUAUGCUGAUGGGGGUUCCAAACAUCGAUGUCAACAUGCCCAAUUUCCGCAAUGAAACACCCCUUAUCAUCGCUGCCAGAAUGGAACAUGCCGAGUUUGUGACGCAGCUGCUACAAGCUGGUGCCAACCCCAAUGCAAAGGAUAUCCGCGGAAUUACAGCCCUGAUGCAUGCCAUUAGGCUUGGCUUUGCCGACAUAGCUAAAAUUCUGCUUUCAAAUGGAGCAGCAGUGGAUGUAACUGAUUGUCGGAGUGAAACAGCACUACAGUUUGCAGUGUAUAGAGAAGAUCUGGAUCUUGUGAGUAUGCUGCUAGAUGCUGGAGCAAAUCCCAAUCACAUCCCGGACGAUGGGUUCCCUGCCCUUGUUGUUGCAGCGUACAGCAACAGCUGGGGGAUCAUCAACCUGCUGCUGGAGAGAGGGGCCAGGAUCUCCAGCACAAACAACCACCAGUACUCAGCUGUGCACAUAGCAGCCUGGAACGGCCAUGUCGAGUCUAUGGAGACACUUCUCAAGCACUCCGCCCCUCACGACACAAAAACAGCCGACAAGAACACCCCUCUGUCUUUGGCUGCCCACGGACAUCACCCGGAAGUUAUCGAACUGCUUCUUCCUUACGGCUGUGAUGUAAAUAAUUCGGAUAAGGACCUGGACACACCCCUCCAUUAUGCUUCAUUUAAUGGUGAUGUGGAAUCAGUCAAGCUGCUUCUGCGGCAUGGUGCAGACCCAGAUGCCAAGAACAGGGUCUAUGUGACCCCACUGUGGAAUGCUGUGUAUUGUAGGAACACUGCAAUCAUCAAACUUCUCCUUGAAAAGAAUGUUGAUCUGUGCAUUUCGAGUGUUGGGGUCAACCAGUAUUACCAGUCAGAUGUUGUGAUGUACAUAUAUGAGUCGCCGAGAACACCUCUGUGGGUGGCGGCUGCUAGAAAUGCCCCCGAGGCGGCCAUGUUGCUUAUUUCAGCUGGCUACAACGUGUCAAAAGAGAACUGGAUUCUCGAUGACAUGCCCGAGGCAGCCUCUGAAAAUGAACCCUUCAGCAGUCUGCUGCGUUACUACAAAUGUACCCCACUGAGAUUAAUUUCAAUUUGCAGAAACUUUUUCCGCCAGCAUUUUGGUAAACAGGUUGCCGAAAAGGCUCAAGCACUGGAAGUCCCCAAAGUCUUAAAGCACUAUAUUAUGCUGAAAGAUAUUCUUGGCUGAAUUGAAAUAAUUAUACUUUAGGGUGUAAUUUCACAGCCAGAUGGGUUUUCCUUUUUGCAAGGCAAGAUUGAGACUUUUGCUAAUAUUUUUAAAAAAAUCACUGUACAGUUGUAUUAAUACAAGUUGGAUGUACUUGUAUAAUGAUCCAGCAUUGCUUUUAGAAGUGCAAAUUCCAAUUUUUAUAUAGUUGCAGUUUGGUUGACAUUCUGGUCUGAACAAAACCAAAUGGGUCACAUCAACUCCUGCAGUUAACAAAAUGUGUAAGGAAAGGAACAUGCCAUGGAAAAGAAAUCAUGUAUAGUCCAUAGCUAAAAAAAACCAGGGCCGUAGAUAAUUGCAGGGAUUGUGUCACUUCAAUUUGUUUAAACCAAUUUUCUGUUUAUACUAGCACAUUGUGUCCGUGCCACGUGAAUAUGCUACUAGAUAGAGUGCACUGCAUAUGUCCAUCGGUCAUAUGUUUGAUAUGGUUUUAUUGAUGGAAUGUUUUACACCAAUAGAUAUUUGUGUAUUUCACGUGUUACCUUUCGUUGCAUGAAGUCUUGUUUUUAUUCCUGCUGCCAUAUUCUACUUACUGUACAACACAUACAUAAAGAGUCUGUUAAAACACCUGGGCUUGUUCCACAAAGCAAUAUUAGCCCAAAGAUCACCUUAAGUGCAUGUGUUAGCUGUGCAGUUAUGGUGAUCUUAGGGCUAAGAUCGCUUCGUGGAGGGGGGCCCAGUACCUCAUUCCAUCACAUUUAUCCUAAAUUGGGGCAGUAAGUAUCUCUAGUCUUGACAUCACAAGUAUCACCAUCUGCACUGGGAAAUCUUCCCAUUCAUUUCUUGGUAUCUCUCACAGCAUCCUAUCAUUCACCAGUUCCUUUGACUUUGAUUCCUUGAGGGGUGUUCUCAUGCGAGGAUUUUUGUAGUAGCGACUUAAAUUGUAGUGAAUAGAACAUGUUUUAAUUGCUAUGAUGUCGCAGAGUUUGUUGUACCUAGAAAGUUUUAAACUCAUUAUGAUUUUGGUGCUCACACACUGUAAUUCAAGUCUACAGCACGUCUUUACUACAAAAAUUAUAACCCUGAUAGUAGCUUACAGGUGAAGUAAUACUAGAAUUGGAUCCCUAUAUUAUGUUAGCAAAGGAUUUCACCAUAUUCAUUUAUUGUAUUAAGUUUAUUGUGAAAUGCAAUUCUUUAAAUUUGUGUUGUCUGCCUAAAUAAGUUGGAAGAAAUUUCUGUAGGUAACAAGUAUUUUUCUUCACUGGACUAGCGAAACACAAAUAUUUGUAUUAUGUGUUCACAGAUGGGGUUAACUAGUUUCCUCUACAAUUUUUACGGUAUGAUUUCUGGCAUUCUAAAUACCAGAUGUUUCCUGUAAAUCACUGUACAUGUUGAUAUUUUACAAUCAAAAUGUUAUCACCAGACAGUCGGUUCACCCUGUCUUUGGUACACCAAAUGCAAAAAUAAUAAUCACUUACAUUUAUAAGACGUUUUGACCAAAGGAAUUACAUUUGCCAAAAAUUGACAGUAACAAUAACAUAGUAAUACAAUAUCAAAAUUAUUUAUAGACCGUUUUACAUUAUAAAUAAUAAAACUGUUGAAAUAAAGGUAACAAAUUGCCACUACGGUGCUUCCCAGAUAUGAAGUAGACCAUGAAGAUCAAGCGUGCAUAAUUAAUACAGAGAAUACUACAUGCAUUUAGAAAUGCAUUUUUAAUGAUGCACUUGACACAUUGAAUCAGAAUGACCACUAGAUUCCAUUUAUCUUACAAGUUGCUUCUACGAACAAGUGAGUUGGAUAGGUUUUUAAAUCUGUUGUAAGGUAAAUGGUAUCUAAUGGACACAAAUGUAGUAUUCUAUUCCUUAUAUAUUCUCAAAAAACAGGUUUAAAAUAUAUUUAAAUGUCUUAUGUUCUACAGAGCAAUCAGUUUUAAGUUAACUUACACAUCACAGAGCAGUCAAUUUUGGUCAUGCUUAUUUCAUUGGAUGGCAUGGCUGUUCUUACCAUCAUGUGUGUAAGAAAGAUAUUUUUAAGUACUUCAAAAUGACAGUAACAAAAAAUAAACAAUAAAAUUUAUCUAUAUCUUUAACAGCAUACACCAAUCACUGUUAGUACCACGUUUUAUUUAUUUUAGUGGUUUUUGUAAUGUAUGGUUAACUGUGAUAUUUUGCUGUUGCUAAAAAUAUGUUAUUCAAACUUGUCACUAUUCACAAAAUAUUAAAAACCUGUGAUAAUGGGCA